AUGUCACCCAUCACCUUCUCAGACUCAGACUUUCAAGACACCGACCCCAACCAAGAUGACCCCAUGGUCAUAACCAUAGAAGUUGAAAACUUCGCAGUCAAGAAAGUGCUCAUCGACCAACAAAGCUCCGUGGAUAUCUUAUAUUGGAAAACUUUCAACAAACUGCAGAUACCCCUAGCCGACCUCACUCCCCAUAAUGAACCGAUAUACGGGUUCUCAGGCGAAAGGGUCCCAACCAAAGGGUAUAUCGACCUCCACACAACCUUUGGAGAAGGCAGGCAAACGAAAACCAUACCCAUCCGCUACCUAGUUGUGGAGGCACACACAUCCUACAACAUACUUCUGGGAAGACCAUCCAUCAACGCCUUGGGAGCUAUCGUAUCCACCCCACACCUCGCCACGAAAUUCCCAUCCUCGCAGGGCGACAUAAUCACGGUACACGGCGACCAGCGCGCCGCUAGGGAAUGCUAUAUAGCAAGCCUAAAACUUCCCCACCCACCCUUGACAACCCACAAUAUCGAGCAAUCCCCGGCCAAAGCAUCCCUGGCAGGCGACGACCUCGACCCCAGAAUAAACUCCGAAGCCAGGGUCGAGCCCAACGCCGAUCUUUUCGCUUGGUCCGCCGCAGAUCUCCCUGGUGUACACCCCAAGAUAGCCUCCCACAAGUUGUCCGUCUUCCCCCACGCCAAACCUGUUUCACAGAAGAAGAGGAAACUCGGAGAAAGCAGAAGACAAGCAGCAAUCGAAGAAGCCAAUAAACUCAAGCAGGCCGGAUUCAUCGGUGAAGCCCAGGACACAACCUGGCUAGCAAACGUAGUGCUAGUAAAGAAACCCAGUGGCAAGUGGCGCAUGUGCGUCAACUACACGGACCUAAACAAAGCAUGCCCGAGAGAUGCCUACCCACUUCCUAGCAUCGACAAACUAGUCGAUGGGGCUGCGGGACACGCGGUACUUAGUUUCCUUGAUGCCUAUUCCGGCUACAAUCAGAUACCCAUGGCCGAUGAGGACAAGCUUAAAACCGCUUUCAUCACCGAGACGGCCAACCUUUUCUAUAAGGUCAUGCCCUUUGGCCUCAAGAACGCCAGCGCGACGUACCAGCGCCUCAUGGAUAGAGUCUUUCACCCACUCCUUGGCAGAACAGUGGAGGUUUACGUAGAUGAUAUUAUCGUAAAAUCCCCUAACCCCAAGCAGCACUCGGCAGAUUUGGCCGAAGUCUUUAAGGCCCUACGAACGUAUAACAUCAGACUCAACCCCGAGAAAUAUACCUUCGGGGUCGACAGCGGCAAGUUCCUCGGCUUCAUGCUCACGCAACGCGGAAUCGAAGCAAACCCCGAAAAAUGCCAAGCAAUAAUCGACAUGAGAAGUCCCACAAACGUCAAGGAAGUGCAACGCCUAGUGGGCAGGUUAACCGCCAUCUCACGUUUUCUCCCCAAGUUGGCCGACAAAACCAAACCAAUGAUCAAGUUACUAAAGAAAUCAGCCAAGUUCGUUUGGGACGAGACCUGCGAACAAAACUUAAACACUUUGAAACAGCUGCUAACCACCCCCCCAAUUCUCACCAAACCACACCUCAACCUUCCCCUCGUCAUGUACAUAGCAGCAUCUGCGAGCGCACUCAGCUCCGCCCUCGUCCAAGAGAAAGACAACACCCAGCAACCCAUAUAUUUCACCAGCCGAAUCCUCCAGGACACGGAAACACGAUACCAGAUGAUUGAAAAAGUAGCCCUUGCGUUGAUAACCGCAGCACGACGAUUACGCCCAUACUUUCAGUCCCACACAAUCGUCGUCAGAACGGACCAUCCUGUACAAAAAAUCCUUCAAAAACCAGAUUUGGCAGGACGACUAUCUUCUUGGGCCAUCGAAAUGUCCGAAUUCAACAUCCGGUACGAGCCACACGGACCCAUCAAAGCACAAUGCUUAGCAGACUUCACCAACGACCUUCAAAACCACCCAUCCACCCAAGACACUUGGUGGACGAUGCAUGUAGAUGGCUCCUCAAACCCCCAAGGUGCCGGUGCAGGAAUAGUACUGGAAGGCCCCGGCGACAUCCUCGUCGAGCAAUCUCUACGCUUCAAUUUCAAAACUUCCAACAAUCAAGCAGAAUACGAAGCCAUAAUAGCCGGCCUCAAUCUAGCACGCGACGUCGGUGCCAAGAAGUUACUUUGCAAAACAGACUCCAAGCUCACAGUGGGGCACCUCAACGGCGACUAUCAAGUCAAGGACACCUUGCUCUCGCAAUACUACCACACGGUAACCGCCCUAAUCGAAUAUAUCCUCUCCAAGCUCACUAGCACUAAGAAGAAGGGGCGAUACAAGUCACUUUUGCAGCACACCCUGAGCAUACCCUCCAUCGAACAAACUAAUCAAUGCCUCAACAUUACCACAGCCGGCACCUGGAUGGAACCUUUGGUCAAGUACCUAGAAGAAGGAACCACCCCGGCAAACAAAGACAAAGGUUGGGCCCGGAAAGCGGUGUGCUAUACUUUAGCCGAGGGUGAACUAUUCAGAAGAGGCUUCAGCAGACCCUUGCUCAAGUGCGUCACACGCGAGCAAGCCGAAUAUGUCAUGCAAGAAAUACACCAAGGAACUUGUGGCUAUCACUCGGGCCCCAAGACCAUGGCCGCCAGGAUAUUGCGAGCCGGCUACUACUGGCCGACAAUGGAGGGAGAUUGCACCACGUAUGUUAGAAAGUGCGUUUAA